AGGAUUGCAUCACUUCGCUGAAGUACUGAGUUGAGACUUAAAAUUUUAAAAGUUUUCUUUGUAAAGAAGAAAUGACGUUCGUGACGCUUUCCCUUGUAGUCCUACUAUCCACUGCGGUAUUUGGAUACGAUGAAAAAUACAGUGAUAUUGAUGUCGACAGCAUUAUCGAUGAUGAUGAGCUGUUUAUGAGUUAUCUCAACUGUUUUAUCGACAAAGUACCCUGCACCGCAAAACAUGCUGAAGACUAUAAAGGUAUUCUGCCAGAGGUGAUAAAAGAGAGUUGUGCCAAAUGUACUGAAGAUCAAAAGCAAAAUGUGAGGAAGAUAGUCAAUGCAGUGCAUGAAAAGAAACCGGAAAUGGCUGCGGCACUUCAAGCCAAAUUUGAUCCUAAUCAUGAAUAUGAAAAAUCUUUUACCGCGUUUUUAGCAGGAAAUUAAGACGCAGAUGUCAGUCGCAUUUAUCACACAUUCAGGGAUGGACAUAAACGGAGACUAUGCAUAUUAAAAAUAGCCAUUGAACAUAGGCGGAGCAUUAGGUACAAUAAUAACUUAUUGGAAUAGUAUAAAUUAUAUGAGCAAA